AGCCAUUGUUCUUUCUAAAAAGAAACCCGCAAAUUUUGUACUGAUUCCGGGGAUUUAAGCUGGUGCAAAGAAAGAGCUCGAUCUCUGGUGUUCCUGGGUCUGGAGCUUUAGUCGGUGGGCCUCGACCUGAUCAACUGACUAGACGGGCACCUGUGAGGUCACUCCCCCUCGACGCUACAUCUCCCCUGAAUAAAUAUUUCUCCAGUACGACCUUGAUCUUCGGAUCUCAAUUCCUCUUUGUUCUCGCGGCUGCUCCUUUCUAUCUAUUUACCCCCCUCAGACCGAUUUCUUCUAUCUUAUCCUCCCACUCAAUUCUAGCCUUUGCCCCUCAUCCACCCACAAUGCUUCAGGUGCCCGUGCGGGAACACACCAACGUGGCCUCCACCAAGGCCGUGAUCUUGGUUGGUGGUCCGUCAAGAGGAACUCGUUUCCGGCCUCUGUCUCUUGAUGUUCCAAAGCCUCUAUUCGAAGUCGCUGGCCAUCCGAUUAUCCACCACUGCCUCAAGGCUCUCGCCAAAGUCCCCGAGCUUCAUGAAGUUAUCCUCAUUGGCUACUACGAUGAGAGCGUUUUCCGCGACUUCAUCAAAGACUCCUUCAAAGAGUUCCCCCAAUUUCGGAUUUCAUACCUACGAGAAUACACAGCGCUAGGAACUGCCGGAGGUCUGUACCAUUUUCGCGAUGCCAUCCUAAAGGGAAAGCCGGAGCGCAUCUUCGUGCUCAAUGCCGACGUCUGCUGCUCGUUCCCGCUUGGCGAAAUGUUGAGGCUGUUCGAGGAGAAGGAUGCUGAAGCAGUUAUUCUGGGAACACGGGUUCACAAUGACGCGGCUUCAAACUUUGGGUGCAUAGUGUCAGACUCCCACACGAAACGUGUCCUUCACUAUGUCGAAAAGCCAGAAUCACAUAUCUCCAACCUCAUCAACUGCGGUGUUUAUCUCUUUGCAACUGAAUGCAUCUUCCCAUCUAUCCGCAGCACCAUCAAGCGACGAACGGCUCGCCCACGUCUACUGUCUUACCCUUCUUCCGAUAAUUUGGAGUCGUCCUUUGUUGGCGAGGAUGAUUCAACCCAGACCGAGGUCUUGCGUUUGGAGCAAGAUAUCCUCUCCGACCUUGCCGACAGUAACCGUUUCUUUGUUCAUGAGACCAAGGAUUUCUGGCGCCAGAUCAAAACCGCUGGAUCUGCUGUUCCGGCCAAUGCUCUCUACCUCCAGAAGGCAUUCCAGGCUCAAUCGGAGGAACUCACCGCUCCUUCCGCCACCAUUGUUCCUCCAGUCUAUAUCCAUCCCUCCGCCAGCGUAGACCCAACAGCGAAACUGGGUCCUAAUGUGUCCAUCGGCCCCCGUGUAACUGUUGGCGCAGGUGUUCGUAUCAAGGACUCGAUUGUUCUCGAAGACGCAGAGGUCAAGCACGAUGCAUGUGUUAUGCAUGCAAUCAUUGGGUGGAGCGGGCGAGUCGGGGCCUGGGCCCGUGUGGAGGGAACCCCGAUUCCGAACGGAAGCCACUCUACCAGCAUCAUCAAGAACGGUGUCAAGGUGCAGAGCAUCACCAUCCUCGGGAAGGAGUGCGGUGUGGGUGACGAGGUCCGAGUUCAAAACUGUGUUUGUCUGCCGUAUAAGGAACUCAAGCGCGACGUUGCCAACGAGGUUAUCAUGUGAGGCAUUUAAGCGUAUCAUCUCAUCAAUAUUAAACUAAUACCACCAAUUUUUUGACAAUCAAAUUAUUAUGUUUAUAUAUAUUCACUAAAAAGCUUUGGUGUAUAUUUUCUGGUACCCAGUGAAUAAAUCCUUUAGACAAAGUAAAGAACGCAAACAAAGCCUUUAUUCC